AUGCAACAAUUGGAACAAGAAAACGAUCAAUUGGAAUUAAUAAUUGAACAAUUGAAAAGAGAAAGGGAACAAUUGAAAAGAGAAAGGGAACAAUUGAAAAUAGAAAGGGAACAAUUGAAAAUAGAAAGGGAACAAUUGAAAAUAGAAAGGGAACAAUUGAUAUUAAAACUUGAACAAUUUUAUAAAGAAUAUUUUAGUCAUAUCAAGAAAAAUUUAAAAAAUAAAAAUAGAAAAAUAGAAAAAUUUAAAAUUAAAAAUUAA